UCAAAAGUUCCCCGCCCUCCAUAAUAAGUUAUAUAUAUACAGCCUUUGAUUAAGACCUCGUUUCAAAGCAAAAAUGAUCAAGGCAGAUGCGCUUGAGCUUGGUGAUGAGGGGAAGAAGAGAUCUACCCCAGUGAGUAGUGGGAUGAACAGAGGGUUGUCAAUUCUGGACUUCAUUUUCAGACUACUUGCAGUUAUGGGUACCCUGGGAAGUUCUAUAGCCAUGGCAACAACUAAUGAAACACUUCCCUUUGUCACUCGGUUCGUUCGGUUCAGGGCAGAGUAUGAUGACUUUCCUAUGUUUACAUUUUUUGUGGUCGCAAAUUCCAUCGUAUGCGCCUAUGUGGUUCUGUCUCUCCCACUGUCUAUCUUCCACAUCCCGAGGAGCACCGCGCAAGGAAGUAGAGUGCUCUUGAUUUUCUCCGAUACAGCCAUGCUUGCACUAUUGACGGCUGGAGCUUCUGCAGCAGCAUCUAUUGUAUACUUAGCACACAAGGGGAAUACUAAGGCAAAUUGGCUUUCCAUCUGCCAACAAUUCAACUCCUUCUGCGAGCGCAUAUCUGGCUCUUUGAUUGGAUCCUUUGGAGGCGUUGCUAUGUUUAUACUGCUUAUCCUGUUGUCAGCUGUGGCCCUUUCCAGGCGUUGA